AUGCCACUGUUUGAAAUGAUUGGCUUUGAUGCAUGCCAACGGUCUUUCUGCAUUGCAUUUGCCUUUCUAAGUGGCGAGACAGAAGAUGACUACGAAUGGGUGUUGGGCCGGCUUCGAUCUCUUUACACAUCCUGCAACAUAAGAUUGCCAUCUGUUAUAUUGACUGAUCGAUGUCUUGCGUGUAUAAAUGCAUCAAAGCUUGUAUUUUGCAAUGCUGUGUCACUACUUUGCCUCUGGCAUGCCAAUAAGGCAGUUCUCGCCCAUUGCCUCCCAAUAUUUACAGCACAAGAGCGACUGCUUGCGAAACUAUCGUCAAUACAAAUAACCGAUAAAGAGGUAUCGUCACGUUGGAAAGAGUUCUAUACAGGGUGGCACGGUAUUAUUAGCUCUUCCACAGAGUCAGACUACAAAGAUCGACUUGCAGCAUUUGAGAAAAAGUAUAUCCCGGACCACGUUGAAGAAGUUGCCUACAUUAAAGAAGUUUGGCUUGAACCAUAUAAAGAGAAGCUUGUCAAGGCUUGGGUUGAUCUCCAUGCUCAUUUUGGCAACGUGGUUACCUCACGUGUUGAAGGUAUCCAUGCCCUUAUUAAAGCGUACCUCAAGACCUCACAACUGGACUUAUUUGAAGCCUGGCGUACGAUCAGGCACGCUAUCCUGAACCAGCUAUAUGAGCUCACUUAUCAUCAAUCCUACCAACAGACUCAAAUGCCUCUCGGGUUAUCAGGAAGUUUAUAUAGUGCUGUGCGGGGCUGGGUGUCAUUCGAGGCGCUUAGAAAGGUUGACGAACAAAGAGAAUUAAUUUAUAAGGAUGACUCCCCCGCAUUACGACCAUGCACCGGCAAAUUUACUCCAUCCUACGGAUUACCUUGCGUUCAUAGAAUAAAGGAACUACUUGACGCAAAGCAGCCUCUUUCUCUUGAAGAAUUCCACACCCAAUGGCACUACAAACGCGACGGUCAGCCAAUCCAUCUUAUCGAGCCUCAGCGUAUUGAGAGGCGAAAAGAGAAUCCCCGGGUUGCUGAAUCAAGCACGCAGCGAUGUGCAAGCGCAUUCGAGGAAGUUAAUCAUCAAAGGCGACCGCCAAAGUGCUCAUCAUGUGGAGGCGUUGGGCAUACCCGAGUCUCAAAGUCAUGUCCUAACCGUUAUCAAGGACUGCUUUCGGAACCAGCAGUUGUUGAGCCAGCCUCAGAUAUAACAACGACAUCACAAACUACAGAACAGAUAGUAGGACGAGCAGAUGAUCAAUUAUUAUCACAGCCGCAAGCAGUCCACCGGGCAUUAUCACCAGCACAGUCAGUGAUUGAGGUUGCUAAUGCUGCUUCAUCUUCACAGCCAGUAUCACAAGAUAUGUCGCCGCAAACAUCACCGCAAGCAUCACCUCAGUAUAGAUAUGAUUCACCAGAGGCCAUUUACAGGCGAUAUACCGCUUCUCGACGUAAAUGGUAUGAUUGUCAGUCUCAUAGAAGCAAACGAACGGACCGGCUAUAUCGUAAGGCGAUGGGCCUACCACCACGGUACAAGAAGGCGGAUUAUAAUUGGUGUCUCGAUUGGAAGGAGAUGGGCCAAUUAUGCAAAACAACAGGAAAACCGCGUAAAUGGACUAAGGAAGAAAUGACAGCAUAUAUCGACUGGUCAAGGGCUGAGGACCAACGCGUGGACGCAAUUGUUGCAAACGAGAUCAAGCAUAACCCACAAGAACGCACAAGACGAGGUUUUGGCGCGAUUUGGAGGCAAAUUGAACAAGAUAGCAGGGAACAACAGGCUUUACACGGCACAAUAACUCCUAAUGCCUAA